GUGAUGAACUCAGGCAACGUCUUUUGACAUCUAAGGGUUCCGAACUCGAUGUUCGCGCCGGAAGUCGUGUCACACUGGAAGAUCGGAUGGUUCACCAGUGUUUGAAGAUAAAAAGCUGCUGAAUAGGUAAAAUAACCACGCGUUAUCAUUAAAUAAAGACUGGUUGAUGUAGGUUAUUUUUUCUCUUUUUUUUUGCAUACUUGACCGUACCGUUAUUACCGACCGUGCAAAUUUCUUUUCGCGCAAACCGUGUCGCGCGCCAACAAUGAUCGGGAGAACAUCACUAGUGGAACAAAAAAGGAUUCAAUGGGCGAGAGAAAGAGAAGAAAUGGCUCGGCUUGGCGGGAAUUGGGAUCUUCUAAAAAAUAAUAACAAUAUCCGCACCAAUAUUCGCACCUACCCGAGCGGCGCAAGAAUGUCCUUGGCGGAAACAAAGGACAAACAGUCGUCCUCGAAACCUUUUCGUGCUACUGGUCAUUACGGAAGCACCGUCAGCCUGAAGAAUCUGGCGACAGAGAGUCCCGGAAACGGCGAUACGAGCGUAAAGUGUCUGGACUGCAAUGGUGGUAGCUUGAUAAAUCUGCACGAGCAACCGGAAGUGUCGCAAAUCAGGCACAGGAGCCCAAGCUUACCACCGAUUUAUAACAAGGAUCAACAACAAUACCUUUGUCAGGGUCAACAGCGAGACUUCGCAAUCGAAGGAUUACAUUACCAUUCUGAGAAACUGCAUCGACCUUAUGAUCGUCACGAGAAUACGAAGAAUAAUUAUUACGGCUCACAGGGAGAAGAACGUGAAGGAGAGACUUCCGGUUACGCUAGCGACUCUGUUGACGUACCUGUAUCAACGAAAGGAAAUUUGUUACCGGGUUGCAAACCAGUAGGAACUGAAAUGGCCGAAAAGACGUGGAAGAAUCCUUACCACACGACACCUGAAAGUUCAUUACCACCAUCAAGAAGAUUAUCUGAUGGUAGAAUGGGCGAACUUAACAGGCCAAGGUGGGGUAGUGUCUGGGGUCAGGAGACUGCACGGGGAGAUCCACCACCACCUUCUUGGUUGUCAAGAUUAGGACAUUCGAGUCAAGUUCUGGUUAUUAAUCAUGAGAGUGCAAGCAGUUCGGAUAGUUCAACGAUAGGCUCAAUUGGACUCGACAAGACUUACCUUCGUGGUCAAAACAUUCCUGUCGAUGCCGACAUUCUUCAAGAACGAGAAGCUAAAAGACAGAAAGCUCUAGAACUUCAAAAUGCGAUUAAAAAACAACUUGAAGAAAAAGAUCGACAAAGAAAGGAAGAAAAGGAACGAAGACUAAAGGAAGAACAAUUAGAAGAAGAACGAAUCAAACGAGAAAGAGAAAAAGAGAAAGAAAGAUUUGAAGAAGAGCAAAGAAAACUGAAGGAACGGGAAGCAGCUAAAUUAAGACAAGCUGAGGCUAUGCGUGAGGUUUUGGAAGCAGCAGAACGUUUAGCAAAGGAGCAAAAGAAAAUUCGACGUAAAUGUGAGAAAGGUAUCGAAGAAAAUCACAUUGUAUCCUCUACAGACAGUGAAUCGAAUGCUUUGAGUGAAUGUCAGUUCGAUCAAAAUUGUCUAAGUACAAGAAACCAACAGAAUAUAACUUUCGAUAAUGAUGAUGAUGAAGACAAACAUGACAAGUUGGAAACAUUUCAUAAAGAGAAAGAAAAUAACAAUAUUAAUAAUGAUAAUAAUAAGACGUACGAUUACAAUAGCGAGAAUAAUAAUGUCUCAAAUGAACAAGAACAAAAUAUGAAUAAUAUAAAAUCGGUUCAAGUUCCUGUUAGUAAAGAUGUGGCGAUAGUAUUGAGUGGUCGACUCGAAGACUCGGAACUGCUCAAUAAGGCAAAUCUACAAUUGGUUAACUUGGUGUUGACUCCAACACCGAGAAAAUUGGAAAAUUAUUCAACCAAUAAUUUAUCUAUAGGCCUAAAUACCUUCAUACAAAAUAUGGGAAGUUCGAAUUUUAUUCCAAAUUCAUCCAGAAUUCCAUCGACAAUCGUAGAAAACAGAUUACUUACGCCAAGCAAGUACAGAUCCACAAACGGUCGAGAUUUUGGCACGCAGACAGAUUUAGAUAGUGAUCUUCAGGAUUUUUCGGAGAAAGUACAGGGUUUGACCAUCAAGGAUAGCUCUAUGAAGGACCCCAAGGAUGCAACGAAUGCUAGUAAAAGGGACAUUGAAAAGUGAGUCGUAAUAUGAUGCAUUGAAUCACUUCAAAACUUGAAGAGUCGUAGAGGAUAUUAUUCUUCUGUCUUGUCUACUAACAUUGGUUCGUCAGAAGAAAAUAUCAUGAAAACUUUUCCCCGAUUGAAACCUCGACCUAGAAGAGCUAUUGAAUCUAGACCACAAUGGAAUGCUAAUAGACCAGGAACACGAUAUCGCACACAAAGCGAAAAAGAUCCUCAUUAUCAACGAAGACUGCGAUUAAGGAAACGUCAAGUUGAAUCUAGUGAUGAACGCUCAAGAUCCCCAUCUCCUGACAGAAGAAAAUUCAUGAAUAUUAAAUCGAAAAUUCGAACAUUAAAUAGACCAAAAGUAAAACUUGACAACUAUGAUGCAGACCUCUCAAUGGAUAGUUUGAAUUCUAUUAUACCAUUACGAACUGAUAAGAAUGGAAGAAUUAUUAUUGAAGAAAGUAAAUGCGAUCAAAAUGAUAAAACUCGAUUAAACAAUGCCCACAUUAAUAAUACUGAUAGUAUUAAAGAAUCACAAAGUGAAAAUUCUAAUCCCUGGUGCGGACAAGAAAUUUUGUCUAAAUUAUCUACUUUGAAAAACGGUCUUUUAAUGAAACAAAUCGAAUGGGAUUCCGAGAGAUGCCUAAUCUCUCCUGCUGCAUCAGAAAUCUUUUAACAAAAACCAAAUAAUCGCGUUUUUGUGCACAUUUUUGUUU